AAUGUUAUAUUAACGAUGUAAUAUAUGAAUUAAUCUCAAUUCUUAAUCAAUUUUUACUAUGGAUCGAAAAGAUAAAAAGUCGAGCAGUUUUCAGAGACCAUACAAACUGAGUCACCAACUGUUAUGCAUCACUUCCAUAAAUUUUCAACGUCGUGCCCUUAUGGGCUACGUCGAAUUGAUGCUACAACCCAAGAAAUCGGACAUCAGAGUUAUUAAAGUUAACAGCAAACAAUCCCGGAUACAUCGUGUGUGUGUCAACAACCAUGAAGCUACAUUUCAAUACCAAGAUCCAUCUCUGGAUUUAGCUCAACGAGACCCAAAGUCGCGAAACAUUGAUGUUUUAAGUACCUGUCAUCUCACAGCUGUGGAAAGUGUGGAUCCAGAUACUGGUUAUCAUGGAGAAAUAACAAUUCGCGUGCCACAAGAGGUCUCUAAAACAAUAAAAGAGCAGAAACCCCUAUGUGUGAGCAUGGAUUUUACUCUGGAAAACCCAAAGGGGGGAAUACAUUUUGUUGUACCUGACGCAGAAGGAUCAUUAAAAGAAAGAGCUGCCCAUCUUUUUACAUUUGGCUUGGAAAACUGUGCUCGCCUUUGGUUUCCAUGUGUGGAUACAUACAGUGAACCCUGUACAUGGAAACUCGAGUUUACUGUUGAAGAUUCUAUGACAGCAGUCUCAUGUGGAGAUUUAGUGGAAACAGUGUACACCCCUGAUCGUAAAAGAAAAACAUUUCAUUAUGUGUUGAGUAUUCCUACUGCUGCUCCUAACAUUUGUCUGGCAGUAGGGCCUUUUGAAAUAUUAGUUGAUCCUAAUAUGCACGAGGUCACACAUUUUUGCCUUCCACAGUUAAUGCCUUUACUUGAGCACACAACUGAAACCUGUCAUAAGGUGUUUGAAUUUUUUGAGGAAGUUUUAAGCUUCAGAUUCCCUUAUUCCUGCUAUAAACAAGUAUUUGUGGAUGAAGCAUACCAGGAUACACUACCAUAUGCUUCUGUUAGCGUGUUCAGUGUUAAUUUGCUGUUUAGUAAAAUAGUCUUGGAUCAAACACCAAUUACACGCAAGCACAUGGCACGAGCAUUAUCAGAGCAAUUCUUUGGUUGCUUUAUGGCUCGUGAGUCUUGGAAUGAUUACUGGGUACCUGCUGGCAUAGCUGGCUACUUGUAUGGGCUAUGGUUGAGAAGCACAUUUGGAAACAGUGAAUACAGAGACUGGAUCGCAAGUGAAACUCAGCAGUUGUGUCAAUACGAGACUACAGUUGGUCCUGUGGUUUUACACAACACAGGCAAGGAUUCGUUUUUAGGUCGCCAUUUUCCCCAUCAACACCCUCAUACUGUGUCACCUGCUUAUUACAAAAUGAUGAGGUGUAAAUCACACUUGGUUAUGAGACAAAUCGAAAAUCGUAUUGGGCCCCAAUUGCUACUUCAAGCUUUUAACAAGCUUCUGUCUUUGGCCAACACCUCAGCUCAGCAGAAAGUAAUAAGCUCAACAUGGUCUACAAUGCUGCUUUCAACUGCUGGGUUUCUUAAAUCCACUUACUCAGUAUCAGGUAAAGAUAUCUCAAACCUAAUAGACCAAUGGGUGCACAAAGGUGGUAUUGUUAGGUUCAACAGCAAGUUUGUUUUCAACAGAAAACGAAACACAGUUGAGCUGGAUAUCAAGCCUGACAUUAUAAACAAAGGAACACAGAAAUAUGUCGGCCCAUUAACAGUUCGUGUGCAGGAACUAGAUGGUUCCUUCAACCACACAAUACAAAUUGAAGAAAAUACUACAAAACAUGACUUACCUUGUCACUCCAAAAGUCGGCGUAAUAAACGUAAGAAAAUUCCUUUAUUGAACGGGGAAGAGGUGGAUAUGGAUUUGUCCUUUAUGGAUCCAGACUCACCAGUGUUGUGGAUCAGGAUUGACCCAGAUGUUAACAUACCACGGCUGGUGAAUUUUGAGCAGCCAGACUACAUGUGGCAGUACCAACUUAGAUAUGAAAGGGAUGUAAUUGGUCAAAGUGAAGCCAUCGGUGCAUUGGAAGCAUUCUCAACUCCAGCAACAAGAAAUGCAUUGACAGAUAUCAUUGAGAAUGAACAUUACUACUACAAAGUACGCAUGCAGGCGUGCAAAAGCUUGGCAAACACAGCUAAUGCAAUGGUCAACACAUGGACCGGCCCUCCUGCCAUGUUAAAUCUAUUCACACGUUUUUUCUGCUGCGAUACUUCUCCCCCCAUUGUUCGAAUGAAUAACUUCUCUAACUUUCAGCAAUACUUCCUACAGAAGCAGCUACCUGUGGCAAUGUCAAUGCUCCGUAACACACAUGGUGUUUGCCCAAAAGAAAUCCUGCACUACUUGUUUGGUUUGAUUAAGUUUAACGAUAACUCAAAAAAUAAAUAUUCAGAUAAUUAUUAUAGAUCUGCACUCGUAGAUGCUCUUAACAACACCAUCACUCCUGCAGUGACAUUGCAGUCAGACCAGAAAGUAACUGCAGAUUCCAUGCCUAUGGAUAUCCACACUAUAGUGGAUGAAGUGACACGAUUCCUAAAUCUUGAAAAGCACUUGCCUUCUUAUAGAUACACUAUCACUAUUAGCUGUCUAAGAGCCAUCAGAAAUUUGCAGAGGAAUGGUCACCUACCUUCUGACAUUGAGCUUUUUAAAAGUUAUGCUGCACCUGGAUUUUUCAGGGAUGUCAGACUUGCAGCUGUAGGGUGCUUAGUGGAUGUAAUCAAAGCCAAUAAAAAUGUGGAUGAGCUGCACUGGUUGCUGGAUUUAGCAAGGGAAGAUAGAGUUGCAGAAAUUAAAUACGGAAUCAUUCGUGCUCUGGUGAGAAAUCCACCAUUUCAGAAGGGUGAUAAGUCGCUACUUAACAACGCAGAGAUUGUGGAGAAAUUGUGGUCUUAUAUAAACCAUGAAACUUUUUACGACCCACGCCUUAGAUGCGAGGCCAUUGAUUUGUAUUUUAAACUUUUCGGUAAAGGUCGUCCGCAAUGUUUACCCGCUCCACAGUUUGGAGUCGUGGUCAAUUUAAAGGAAAAGCGAACUCAGAUUAAUCCCAACACUGCCCAUGAUAAACGAGGAUAUGAAGGUCAUGAUUAUCCCAGGUUAAAGCGACCUACAUCAAUGCCCAUGUCUUCAUACGGGGAAGAUCAGUCAAAUAAACUGACCAUGAAAAUUAAACUUGGUGGUCCGUCACGCAGCAGCAGUUUGCUUGACACUGAUGAUGUUCUUGCAGCACAGAGUCUGUUGUCGUUAUCCCACGGUGACAUUCCCUCAAGGCCUUCAACACCGGGUGGAGGUAAUGAGCCAUCCUCGUGGCAGAUGUCGCCGAAGUUUUCUGGCGGAGACUUUUCUCUCUCGUCAACACCAAACAUGAUGCAUGGCCACUCCUCCAUGCCACAACUUCUGUCUAAAGAUAAGAAGAAAAAGAAGAAACACAAGCAUAAACAUAGACAUAAGCGUGGAGACAGUGACUGGUCAUCACCUGCCACACCUUCCAGUUCAGUUCACUCACCAUUUGCUGCAGUGAAUUCUCCACUGGAAUAGAUUCUGGCCAACAUUUACUUUAUACCAACUAUGUUAUGUGUGUAAUGUUAACAUCUUGUCUAAAAUUCUUAGCUUGUAAUAUUUUGAUUUGCAUUAAUGGUAAACCUCGUUUCAUAACCAGAUUUAUUUGUUAAUGGUGAAAUUUUUUCUCUGAAAUAAUUAAUUUUUUUAUACCAACCAUUGCCAGUUAAUUUUACUCAUAUUCGAAUGUGCUUGCUAGUAAAAUUGUUUUAUAAUGUUCCACUUUAUUACUUCAAGCGAAUAAAUCUGGUACCCCAGUUUCUAUUAACAAUGAUAUUCCGUUUUGUAUUAUGAUAAAUAGUUGUUGCAACCAUUAAAAUGCAUAAAAAAUGUCUUUCA